ACUCAGUCGUUCGCGCGAACGCAUUCGAAGUUAACGGAAAGCGCGCUUGGGUUUUUUAUUCUUUUUAUAUUCACCAAACAGGUGUUCAAGAUGAAGUACCUAGUUGUCCUGGCUGUUUUCGCGUUGGCGUUCGCCGCUGAAGAGAAGGAGGAAGAACGGCCGAAGACGUUCAGACGGCUUAUCCCAGCUGACGUUUUGAGAGAUUUCCCCGGAAUGUGCUUCGCAUCAACUCGCUGUGCCACCGUCGAGCCCACAAACUCCUGGGACCUUGCUCCAUUCUGCGGCCGCAGUACCUGCGUCAUCAGUGAAGACGUGCCUCCCAGGCUUCUGGAACUCGUCGAGGACUGCGGACCCCUCCCGAUCGCUAACCCCAAAUGCAAACUUGACACUGACAAAACCAACAAAACUGCUCCAUUCCCUGGUUGCUGCCCGAUCUUCACCUGCGAGGAUGGCGUCAAGUUAGAAUACCCAGAACUCCCCACCCCUCCCCCAGAAGACGAGAAGAAAACGGAGGAGACGAAAGCCUAAAUUAAAAAAAAAAAUAGUUUUUAAAUUUAUUAGUUAUCUGUGAAUGAACGCACAAUUGACAUUCCA